GUAGCAUCCAAGAUGAAUGACAGCCUAUUUGUCAGUUUGGACAGGCUUUUGCUAGAAUUUGUUUUCCAGUAUGAGCAAGAUAUAAGUACUAAAGAAGAUAUGAUUCAACGGAUUAACAAAUGCUUUGAAGAUAUUAAAGAAAACAAGGCAGCUAUUUGUAAGAUACAUGAAACUAUAAAUACGACAGAUGAGGAAAUUGGUCAUUACUGUAAACAUAGUGAGGAGAUCAAAGACAACUGUAGUAACUGGAAGCCAACAUGUGAUGUUUUUCAUAAACAUGAAGACUAUAUGCAGGACCAAUUUACUGUUUAUCAAGAAACUAGUGAAAAAGACAAAAAAAUGUAUCAUGAUUAUGUAUGUCAGUAUAAAGAUGUUUUGAAGCAAUAUCAACUAAAAUACUCAGAAACACCUCUUUCACAUGUAUAUUAUGAGAAGAAAAAAGAACAUGAAGAAAUUCAAAAUAGAGUGUUGGCAUGUACUGAACAACUAAAAAUGAAUGAAGCUAUCUUUAUGGAACUUCUAGUACCUGCUCCUUUUCCAUCACUUACUAAAUGGACAUUACAUAUGGUUAAUGUGAGAUGUAAAACACAAAAUAUUCUUAAACAUGCCAGAAGUUUUUCCAAAAGUUCAUCUGAAUUGAAGAAAGAAGUAGAUGAAGUGGAAAUAGAAAUUAAUUAUUUAAACCAGCAGAUUGCAAGACUUCAUGAAACUAAGAAUCUUGCAGAAACUCUGGAAGAAAAAAAUAAAAAUAAGGAAAAGAGAAAGGAAUUGAAAGAAAGAAUUUUUGAAAAAGAUGAACAACAUGUACUUAUAUUGAAUAAAGCCCCUCAAAACAGUCGAUUAUUUCUUCCAUAUGAAUCUGAGAAAGUCAGACCAAUGAAAAUGCAUUCUUCAGAGGCAAGAGUUGUAGAUAAAAAAGAAGAAAGUUCUGUGAAACAGUCAAAGCUUGCCAGUAUUGACUUUAGGCAGAAAGGAAACAACAUGCAGGUACUUAAUGACUCUACUGUGAGUAAACAUUCAAAAUGCUCAAAUGCCGUGGCUAUUAAAAAUUCACAAAAUACGAUGCAUUUCAGAUUGUUAACCCCACAGGAACAAUCAAAUUGCAAUCAAUGGUUUGAAAAAGGAGAUACAGAUGCUGAGUGUGAAGAUAAAGGGACGGUAAGACCAUUGAGAGAAUUAAAAUGUACUUCACAAGUUAUAUGCGCAGAACGUUUUGGGAAGCCAAUAGAAGAUAAUAGUGAUGAAGUAGAAGAAAGGACUGAGAAUUUUCCACGAACUCCUGAAAUUCCUUUAUUUUUAAGAACUCCUGAAGCUGUGAAAACACCUGAACCUUUGGAGAAAUCAUUGUUUCCUGAAACCCCCUCUUUUGAAAUAAAUAGAAAUAUAAUGCCUGAAGGUCAAACACAAAAGGAAUCCCCUGGAUUUUCUUUUCUUAUGAAUUAUACUUCUAGAUCUCCUGGAUUGAAUCUAUUUGAUUCUACAUUUGAUUCAGAAAUCUCAUCAGAUCAGUUUAAUGAACAUUAUUCUACGGGAAAUUUAAAUCCUCUUUCAUCACAACAAGAAAUUGGAAACUUAUUUGGGAAACCAGAAGGAGAAGAUGCCUUUACAUUUUCUUUUUCAUCAGACUCUUCAACUCAUACAUUUGGAACUGGAAAAGAUGAUUUUAGUUUUCCAUUUUCAUUUGAACAGGAUCAAAACUCAACACCUUCUUCUGUAAAAGGUUUUUCAUCUUCCUCACAAAAUACAACGCAAUUUACCUUUUUUUGAACUAAUUACUAAUUUCUUGAAUUAUUUAACUGCUCUGUAACCAUCUAGGGCAUAAAUUUACAUUAUUACUUUAAAAAUGAAGACUACUUUAUUUUUUUGGUUAAAGCAAUAAUAGGUUAGCAUAGUUACAUUAUUUGAUUAUAUAUUUAAAUAUUGAUGGAAA